AAAGAGUCGACUCUCAGCACCAGUGUACUGUCAGAAGAUCAGCGGCUAGGCUUUUCCGUCUGAUAAGUGCUGAACGAACACACUUGACACUGAAGAGUUCUACGUAGCAUCCACCUGGACGGACUUUCUGGUUUUCGACCCUUUGCAGGAUAGCGGAUCAGGUCUUGAAACAUGAGCUCUGUGGCAGUGUUGACUCAGGAGAGUUUUGCGGAGCACCGCAGUGGCUUGAAGGACUUUGAGAACACGGGUAGAGUGCCAGAGGAUGAAGCCUAUAUACCCACCUAUCUGGAGGCCUUUCCACCUUUGCCAGACAAGGGCAGUCCAGGAGAGAAGACGGGUGAGCCGGCCGGUGCCUGGAGCAAAAUCCGACCCAUCAAAGCCUCUGUCAUCACUCAGGUGUUCCAUGUCCCUCUGGAGGAGAGGCGGUAUAAAGACAACAGUCAGUUUGGUGAGGGUGAGGAGGCGAAAGUGUGCCUGGAUAUCAUGCAGAAGACAGGAGCACAUAUCGAACUCUCGCUUGCCAAGGACCAAGGCCUCUCCAUCAUGGUGACUGGAAAAUUGGACUCGGUCAUGAAAGCGAGAAAGGAGAUUGUGGCCCGACUGCAGACUCAGGCCUCAGCGACUGUGCUUAUUCCAAAAGAUCAUCAUCGAUUUGUGAUUGGGAAAAAUGGGGAGAAGCUGCAGGAACUGGAGCUGAAAACAGCCACCAAGAUCGCCAUCCCUCGCUCUGACGAUCCCAACGCCAACAUCCGCAUCACCGGCACCAAGGAAGGCAUAGAAAAAGCUCGGCAUGAAAUCCAGCUCAUCUCUGCAGAGCAGGAUAAGCGUGCCGUGGAACGUUUGUCUUUUGAGAAAUCUUUUCAUCCAUUCAUCGCCGGUGCAUAUAAUCGACUUGUUCAUGAGCUGAGCCAAGAGACCGGAGCUCGUAUUAGCAUCCCACCACCCAGCGUUCCCAAAGAUGAGAUUGUAAUUACCGGCGAGAAGGAAGCGGUUGCCAUGGCGAUUGCACGCAUUCGGGCCACCUAUGAAGAGAAGAAACGAAAAACGACCACAAUCUCAGUGGAGGUGAAGAAGUCACAACAUAAGUACAUAGUAGGCCCUAAAGGCAACACCCUGCAGGAGAUCCUGGAGAACACGGGGGUGUCUGUGGAGAUGCCUCCUCUGGACUCGGCAUCGGAGACCAUCAUCCUCAGAGGGGAACCGGAUAAGCUGGGUCCGGCUCUUACGCAGGUGUACGCCAAGGCUAAAAGUGUGAUUGUGGUGGAGGUGAUUGCUCCGGCCUGGCUCCAUCGAUUCAUCAUUGGCAAGAAAGGACAGAACAUCGGUCGCAUUACACAGCAGCUGCCUAAGGUUCAUAUAGAGUUUACUGAUGGAGAGGAACGUAUCAGUCUGGAGGGACCGACGGAGGAGGUAGAGCAAGCCCAGGCUCAGAUACAGGAGAUCGUCAACGACCUGAUGGCGAGAAUGGACUAUGCAGAGAUUAACAUUGACCAACGCUUCCAUAGACAUCUCAUUGGCAAAAAUGGAGCCAACAUAAAUCGGAUAAAGGAGCAAUAUAAGGUAUCAGUGAGAAUUCCUCAGGACUCUGAGCGCUGUGGGUUGGUUCGUAUCGAGGGCGAUCCUCAGGGCGUACAGCUCGCUCGCAAAGAACUGAUGGACAUGGCCCAGCGUAUGGAAAAUGAACGCACAAAAGACCUGAUCAUAGAGCAGAAGUUUCACCGUACCAUCAUUGGGCAGAAAGGAGAGAAGAUCAGAGAAGUGCGGGACAAGUUCCCUGAGGUCAUUAUCAUAUUUCCAGACCAGCAACAAAAAAGUGACAUAGUGCAGCUCCGAGGGCCUAAAAACGAGGUGGAGAAAUGUGCAAAGUUUCUGCAGAAACUCAUCGCUGAGCUGGUUGAGAGCAGCUUCUCAAUUUCUGUACCCAUUCACAAGCAGUUUCACAAAAACAUCAUUGGCAAAGGAGGUGCCAACAUUAAAAAGAUACGUGAGGAGACCAACACCAAGAUUGAUCUUCCAACGGAAAACAGCAACUCUGAGAUGAUUGUGAUCACAGGCAAGAAGAGCAGCUGUGAAGCCGCACGAGAUCGGAUCCUCGCUAUUCGAAAUGAGCUGGCCAACCUGAAGGAGGCUGAAGUUUCCAUUCCAGCCAAGCUGCAUAACUCUCUGAUUGGAUCCAAAGGCAGUCUGGUGCGCUCCAUAAUGGAAGAGUGUGGGGGUGUUCAUAUCCACUUCCCUGCGGAGGGCUCAGGGUUGGACAAGGUCACAAUCCGAGGUCCUGCAGAGGAGGUGGAGAGAGCCAAGAGACAACUGUUGCAACUGGCGGAAGAGAAGCAAGUCAACAACUUCUCAGUGGAGCUUCAAGCCAAGGCGGAAUACCACAAGUUCUUGAUAGGUAGAGGAGGAGCUAAUAUCCGACGCGUACGGGAUCGAACCGGAGCACGGAUCAUCUUCCCAUCACCAGAUGAGCAAGAACAGGAGAACAUUACCAUCAUGGGUAAAGAGGAGGCUGUGUGGCUCGCCCAGAGAGAGCUGGAGACCCUCAUCAAAAAUCUGGAUGAUGUGAUAGAGGACAGUAUGAUCGUGGAGCCCCGGCAUCACCGUCACUUCGUCUGUCGAAGAGGGCAGGUGUUGAGAGAGUUGGCGGAGGAGUAUGGAGGCGUAGCCGUUAGCUUCCCUCGCACGGGCACUCACAGUGACAGCGUCACUCUCAAAGGACCCAGAGAGUGUGUGGACGCUGCUAAGAAACGCAUUCAGGAGAUUGUUCGAGAUCUGGAGUCACAGGUGAGUGUGGAGGUGUUGAUUCCUCAGCGAUACCACAGAGCCAUCAUGGGACCCAAAGGCUGCCGAAUACAACAAAUUACACGGGAACAUGAAGUCCAGAUCAAAUUUCCAGACAGAGAUGAGUCUGCAGCUCAGGAACCUCAGGAGAAUGGAGAUACGGACUUCAUCCCUCGGAAAUGCGAUAUCAUCGCUGUGACGGGUCAUGCCGAAAAGUGUGAGUUGGCUCGUGCAGCUUUACUGGCCUUAGUUCCUGUGACGAUUGAUGUUGAAGUUCCCUAUGACCUUCAUCGAUACAUUAUAGGACAGAAAGGAAUUGGAAUAAGAAAAAUGAUGGAGGAGUAUGAGGUGAACAUUUGGGUUCCUCAGCCUGAGCAACAGUCAGAUAUCAUAAAGAUCACAGGACAGGUGGACAGUGUGGAGCGGGCCAAACAGGGGCUGCUGGAGAGAGUCCAGGAGCUGAAGGCGGAGCAAGAAGAUCGGGCCUUACGGAGCUACAAGGUGACGCUCUCUGUAGAGCCCAAAUUUCACCCCAAAAUUAUUGGCCGGAAAGGAGCCGUCAUCUCUCAAAUACGCAAAGACUAUGAUGUGAAUGUGCAGUUCCCUGACAAGAAUGAUGAGCAACAGGAUGCAAUUGUGAUCUCGGGUUAUGAGAGGAAUGCUAAUGAGGCCAGGGCAGCUAUAGAGCAGCUGGUGACAGCGCUGCAGGACAUGGUGAGUGUGGACACCCGGCUGGACCGGCGGGUCCACGCACGCAUCAUCGGAGCCCGGGGCAAGGCAAUCCGGAAACUCAUGGAGGAGUUCAAAGUUGAUAUUCGGUUUCCUCAGCCAGGUUCUGAGGACCCGAACAAGGUUAUUGUCACAGGACUGCCAGAGAAUGUUGAUAAUGCCAUUGACCAUCUGCUUAACCUGGAAGAAGAAUAUAUGUUGAGUGUCACAGAGACCGAGACUAUGGCAGCUUAUAUGAAACCUCCUUCAAAGACUAUGGGGACAGGAGGAAAUGACGAGGAUAACAAAGCCCUGGCUAAAGGCUUUGUUGUGCGGGACGCCCCCUGGAAUGCACAAGGGAACAAGGCACCAGACAUGAGCAGUGCUGAAGAGUUCCCUACAUUUGGAUCUGGAAUAGCACCGAAACAGGCAUCUGCAUGGGGACCCAAAAAAUGCUAAACGAAUGGAUUUGUUGUGACUCCAGAUCUCGCAUCUCUGACACUUAAGAACAAGAACAUUCCAUAUUAUUUGCUCUUGUCUUUCUCAUGGUGCGUUUAGUGACUUUACAGGACUUACUUCUGUCCUCUUCCUUCUUUGCCUGAAUGGGCUCUAUGCAUGGCGGUAUUUCCGGUGAAGGAUUAAGGAUGCUCGAUAACUUCCGACGAUCGUAGAGUCC